CUGGAGGAGGAGAGAUGGAGCCCUAGUUCCUGGUCCCCUUUCCCACCCUCCUUCCCCCUAAGUUGUGUAAGAUGUUACCUUCCACCUAAACAUCAUCUUCCUGGUUUCAGACCUUAACUCUGGUCUCUGAGUUCUGCUUAGUUCCACAUUCUCUACCCAUUUGCACAGAGGACCACCACCUUCCCUUCCUGGAAUCUCUAAGGUUUUCUGCUUUGCUCAUGCCCUGGUCAUCAGCCCUACUAAUUCAGUCUGAGAUGGAAGUGGCCACCCUCUCCAAAAUGCUUAAGUCUCCUGAUCUCAAUGAAGAGUCUUUGCACCCUAGGAUUAUCAUUGCCUUAUUUGAAAUUGGAUCACUUCCCCCUGUUUCUUGCAGUUCUCUCCCUUCCCUAAAAAACAGUGACCAUGAAGCAACUGAACAACGAAUUGCAAAGAAGUUUGAAAACCUCUUAAAAGAAAUUAAAGAUAUUGUUAAACAUAAGACAAGUUACGAAGAGAAGAUCAUAGAAACAAAAGAAUCUUUUGAGGAAACCAAUAUCUCUGAGGAUGUGUCAGAACUUAAAGAAAAAAUCAGAGAACUUGAUAAAAUAAAUAAAGUACUAUUGGAAAAGCUACUUGCUCGUUGGGACUCAGGGAAAGAACAGAACUCAAAGAAACAGGAGAUGAUGUUGGAAAACCAGAACUCCAAGGACACCAUGCAAGGUUGUGCAAGGGGUUUGGUAAACUGUUCAGAAGAAAAAAGAGCCCUUCAUGAAACUCAACUAAGUAAGGAAAAAGCAAAGCACAGAUUCCCUCUUGUCCAAGAAGAAAAUAUCAAACUGAGGUACAACAUGGAGCAGUUACUACAGGAAGCAAAACACUGGAGUGUGCAACAUACUGAGCUCAGUGAACUAAUAAAAUCCUAUCAGAAAUCUCAGACAGACAUCAAAACUCUUGAAAAUAAUGGCGCCCAUUCCCCAACUCAAACGAAUAAUGGGGUGUCAGCUAAGCAUGAGCUGGAAGAACAAGUGAGGAAACUGAAACAAGACACAUAUUCACUGCAUUUGAUUGCAGCUUUGCUGGAGAAUGAAUGCCAAAUCUUAGAGCAGACGGUAGAGCUUCUCAAGGAAUUCCAUCAUCAGAAAGGGGGACCUCUACAAGGGGAGCCAAUUCAGAUAAACUAUGAGCAGAACAAGAAAGAACAGAAGCUAUCAGAGGCAGAGAAGGUCAAAAUACAUAAGCAAAACAUGCAAGAAAUGUUUCAAAAAGGAGACCAAUUCUAUAGAAGCCUGGAUGUUUGUCAUAAAAAGAAAGCUAGUAAUAAUUUGUUCAAUACUCAUAUUGCAAGAAGAGCUCUUGUAGGAAAAAAGAGGCCAGCCAGCAGCCUAAGUUAGAAAAUACCAAAAGUAGAAGAAAAGGCAGUUCUUUAAAAAACUACAGUAUAUCCAGCUCCAGGCAUGUCAAUCAUCAAACCUAGGAUAGACCUUUCGUUUCAACCAAGAAAUAGCUAUAGAACAAGAAGAUUAACAUUUAACAUUAUUCAUUACCUCAGUGGUUAGGUAAGUUUGGUCUUUAAUGACCAUCAGUGUCAACUUUUGGUCACAUAUGUCAUCUUUACAAUCUGUUUUUGUAGUUAUUAGAUAGAGAUCCUAUGACACUUAAACCCGAAGUGAGAAUUUACAGGUUCAAAUAAGUAAAGAUCUAAAUAAAAACCACAACAAACAAAGGAAA